AUGGCUACACAUUCAGUCGACAUUUCUGAGAAAAUAGUUGAAAACAUAAACAUUUCAAGUAUUGAGGAAAAAAGAUUGUUAACAAAGCUUGAUUUAAGAAUCAUUCCUUUGCUUACACUUCUUUUUACCCUUAGUUUCUUGGAUAGGGUUAACAUUGGAAAUGCGAAAUUAGCCCAUUUGGAACGUGACCUUAAUUUAACAGGGGAUCAAUUUAAUUGGUGUUUGGCCAUAUUCUUUUUGGGGUAUGUUGUAUUUGAAGUUCCAUCCAAUAUCAUGUUAAUCAAAAUCAGACCUUCGAUUUGGAUUUCAACACUCACGGUCGGUUGGGGUAUCACAAUGAUAUGCAUGGCAUUUGUAAAAAAUUUUUCUCAGUUGAUGGGUGUAAGAUUUUUAUUGGGUGUUUUUGAAUCUGGUCUUUUCCCCGGUAUCAUAUUUUACAUUACAAAGUGGUAUAAGAGAUCUGAGCGAGGUUAUCGAAUUAGCUUAUUUUUUUCUGGUGCUACGAUUGCCGGUGCAUUCAACGGUCUUUUAGCAUUUGCUAUCACAAAAUUAGAUGGUAGAUCUGGUUUAAGUGGUUGGCAAUGGAUAUUUCUUAUUGAUGGGAUUGCGACAGUCAUUGCCGCACUUUUCUCUUACUUUUUAAUCUCGGAUUAUGCAGAAACCGCUACUUGGCUUACAGAAGAUGAAAGAAAGUUAGCCAUUGAUCGAUUACGAAUUGAUGGGGGACAUGCUCAUACAACUCAUUUUGAUAAAUUUCAGAUUUUUCAAGCUUUUAAAGAUUUGUUAUUUCCCAACUUCUUUCCACUCCCCCAUUUAUUUUGGGAUGUAUUUCUGGUAAUCCUGGGAUACGCGUUACUUCUUGCAAAUCAUUCUAGUAUUGCAUGUGCUUGUAUUGUUGGAUUGGGUUUUUUUUCAUGUAUCCCUACUUUACUUGCAUG